AGCCCACAGAAGAGAACUCACUACGACACCAAACGAGGCCAUGACCAUGAGCACAUAUGAAGCCUACGUGUAGCAAAUCGAUUCUGCCACGUGUCUCACUCCUGCACACACAAGUAGCCACCAAAAAGAACGAGAGCCUCACGCUCCCCUCCACCACCAGCGAGAGAUAACGCACCGGACGAACACCAUGCCGCCGCCGUCGUCGCUGCCGUCCACCGCCGCCGCCGCCACCGCUUCCGCUGCGUUUCUCCGGCCGUCAGCGAGCGCGCAUCCAGCAAGCGCCUCCGCCCCGCCCAACGCCGCCGCGUGCCUCAGGCGCUCGCCGCGGCGCCGCCUGGUCGCGGCGCGUGCCGCGGCCGACGGCGGCGGCGCCGAGACGGUGUUCUUCGACGGCGGCGCGCACUACGGCGACCUGGCGGCGAACCUGGCCCUCGGGCUGACGCUGCUGUGGCUACCGCUGACGCUGGCGGCGGUGUCCCGCGCCUUCAUCCUCCGGUACCGCUUCACCUCCCGCCGCGUGAGCGUCAUCUCCGGGCUCUCCGGCGCCGACCGCACCGACUUCCCCUACUCGUCGGUGACGUCCGUGGUGGUGGUGCCACGGUUCAUCGGCGAGUGGGGCGACAUCGUCAUCACCCUCAAGGACGGCACCAAGGUCGACCUCAGGAGCGUGCCCAGGUUCCGCGAGGUCGCCGACUACUGCCGCUCCAUGGCCGCCGCCGAGGGCUCCCUCGCCGCCAGCACGUGAGGUCAGCUGGGAGGCGAUUGCUCUGCUCAAGUGUACACUUCCUUCUUCUUCUUCUUCUUCUUCUUCUUCUUCUUCUUCUUUUUUUUAAUCGUGAUGAAUCUAAUUAUUGAAGAACUGUGAAAAAAGUCGAAUAUAUUUUGAUUUUUUUCCCAAUCUUGACGAAUCUGAUGUCUAGCCUUUUGGAGAUGUUGAUAAAGUAAAGUGUGCGUGAGUUCGUAAA